CAUACUUCACUUGAGCUAUUUGAGAAGUGAUUGCAAUAAUGUUCAUUUCUUGGACUGUUCUUUAGCCCUUUUACUGUGGAAAAUACUCAGAUAUGACCAGCCUUAGCAUUGACCAGGGACAAGGAGGCUUUUUCUUUGGGCGCCAGGACUCCAUCCCAGCACAUCGAACAUCGCCGCAAGAGGAAGACUUGUCACAUGAUGCAUCAUCACUUCAUGCGGGGCUCAUGACAGAGCCGUCAUUUCACAGACUUUCCACUGCUUGGGUGGUAAUACUCGAACUACUUCUAUUGAUUGGCUAUGCUGUUGCAUUGUUUGUCUUGGAUCAUGUAGACAUAAGCUUCACAUGGAUAAGCACUGGACAAGAAGCAUUGUUUGACUUCCUUAUUCUCAUUCAUGUCGCAUUAUGGCUCGUCAUAUUUCUCGCUGACAGAUAUUUGCAGCAUGCUCACCACAUCUCACAAGGACUGGGCUACCUCAAGUUGUUCCGAGAAACCAAGGAAAUCCGCAGAAUGCCUUAUAAUGUCCUAUGUUUAGGAAAUGCAGUUCUCCUGGUUCUAACAGCUCUGUUUGCUAAUGAUAAUAAAAUAAAGCCAGUUAUAAAGAUGGUUCAGGUCCUCCAAAUAGUUUUUAUGCUGGAGUUGGUUAUAAUGCUUCCUGGAAUCAUAUGGUAUCUAGUCAAGGUGAUCAAGUUUAACAAGUCUAAACCAGCCCCUGAUGCUGAAGAUACUGACUUCUUGAAUGGGUUCACAGCAACAGGUCUUUCUCAGACAACAUCAGAAACUGGAUUCAGGGACGGUGAAUACUUAGAUGAGAUCUUAGAAAAACAAGCGGACAUGAUUAGAUAUUUACAGCAGCAUAAUGCUAACCUUGGGAGACGUUUAAUGAAAGUGAUGCAGCAGCAAGCGCAGACAAGCCCUUCUCAUACCUCUAUCGUACCAAGAGACAUGAUGGCUCCAAGACUUGAACGAACUAUUACCAACUAAAAGCAACUGACUCCAAGAUUAUGAAAAUAAUAUAUUAUAUUUCUGAAGCUUUUCGAGCAACUUUUGCUCAGUUUGGCUGGCUUGCUGUUAUUUUGUCGCUUUAGGUAGCAGAAUGGGAAGGGAAAAUUAUAGAUUGUAUCGUUAGAAAAUAUGAAAAACCACAAAAUCUAGAAAAAAAAACAGCAAUAAAAAUUGUGUAGAUAAAGUAUUCUUAUAAGGUUUACUGAAAAAAAACCUUUAUAAGGUUUACUGAAAAAAAAAAGGUUUGUGAGGAUGCGUUUAAAAAAAAAAACUCGCAUCUUGUAACCGUUAUUGGAUGUGUAAAUUUCAUGCGGGCAGAUAGCACUAGAGUCGGGAUUGUACAAAAAUGAUAUGGAAGCCUAUCAAAUACAAGGAAUGACUGAGGAUAUCCCCAGACAAAAA